GUGCCACGAUCCCGAACGCCCGCAGCAUCCCCUCACCUGCGAUCGAUCGGCGAGCACGGAGAGAAAAGAAAACGCAACUGGCGCACUUGCAUGCGCUGUGAACACAUGCACGCGCGAGCCGCGAGGUGAAUUUUCUGUCGCCGCCCAACUCAUCUCUCACCGCUCUGCAGAUCGAGUCGAGAUAACGUGAUCGUGGGUGAUGCCAGCUUGCCCAGUCACAGCUCACAGGCCGUCAUGUCAAUGAUCCAGAGCGCGCGACGGCGCGACGUACGGCCGGGCCGGCGUCUCGUUAAAUAACGGCGGCUCAGGUACGAUGCAGGUCACAUUUGCCACGGCGACGGAGACAGAUCAGCAAGAUGUUCCGAGCGAUGCAGGUCGUCCUCAGGGGCGAGGGCCGUCGUGCUGCGGCGGGCGGCUUCGCCGGCCACUGCGGCUACUCCACGGCCUCGGGCUCCCAGAGGCUGGCUGGUAAGGUGGCCGUGAUCACCGGCGCCGCUAGCGGCAUCGGCAAGGCGACGGCCGCGGAGUUCGUCAGGAACGGCGCCAAGGUCGUGCUCGCCGACGUCCAGGACGACCUGGGCCGCGCCCUGGCGGCCGAGCUCGGCGCCGGCUCCGCGUCCUACACCCGCUGCGACGUCACCGACGAGGCGCAGGUUGCCGCGGUGGUCGACCUCGCCGUGGCCCGCCACGGCAAGCUCGACAUCAUGCUCAACAACGCCGGCAUCGUGGGCUCCCUGGCGCGGCCCGAGCUGGGCGCGCUCGACCUCGCCGACUUCGACGCCGUCAUGGCGAUCAACACCCGGGGCGUCAUGGCCGGGGUCAAGCACGCGGCCCGCGUCAUGGCGCCGCGCCGCGCGGGCAGCAUCAUCUGCACGGCCAGCAUCGCCGGCGUGCUGGGCCAGCUGACGCCGCACCCGUACAGCGUCUCCAAGUUCGCGGUGGUGGGGCUCGUGCGCUCCGUGGCCGGGGAGCUGGCGCGCUCGGGCGUGCGCGUCAACGCCAUCUCGCCCAACUACAUCCUGACGCCGCUGGUGAAGCGCAUCCUGGAGGAGUGGUACCCUGACGCGAGCGGCGAGGAGCACCGGCGGAUCGUGGAGGGGGACAUCAACGAGAUGGAAGGAGUGGUGCUGGAGGUGGAGGACAUCGCCAAGGCGGCGCUGUACCUGGCGUCCGACGACUCCAAGUACGUCAACGGCCACAACCUCGUCGUCGACGGCGGGUUCACGGUGGGGAAGGCGCCCAACAUGCCGGCACCGGCACAGUGAAGGACACGGUCAGAAAUCAUCAGACGAACACCUCAUGGGCUCUCGGCGAUGUCUUGUGCGAUUAUGAGUGUCGUAUUUGCUGUACCGAAACAAAUCUAUCUAUUUCUUCAGAGUUGCAAAAGAAAACCUUCGUGAUGAAUGAUGAAUGAACUGUAUCACUUUAAAAGAAAA